AAGCAUGCAAAAAGAGCAGACAUUGUAUUUUAUUUCCAGUCUGCAGAGCCGGUGAGCAUUUAGGCUGAUAGGGAGCAACAUCAGACAGACAAAAUACAGGAGGACAUGGAUUUGUGGAUGGGAUUAUAUCUUGUGAGCUUGCUGAACAUGGUUUGCUGCUUACCAGAAUCAUCUUACACCAUUCAUCUGGACAAACGCUCAUUCGAAGAUGCUCAGAAUUACUGCACACCUGGUAGUUUCCUGACCGACAUACCAAAUGAAAACGAAAUAGCCAAGAUACUGAAGGCAAUCUCGGACAAGAAUAACAAAACUGCCACUUUAUUUUGGAUUGGACUGAAGAAGAAUAAAGGUAAUUGCAUGAUGCAAAAUUUGCCUCUUAAAGGAUUCUACUGGAUGGUGGACAAUAGCACUCAAUCUAAUGGUAUAAAGUGGAAAACCACACCCACGGACACUUGCACAGAUGUACGCUGCGGACUACUUUCAGUGGAGUAUGAAGACAACAGUGCAAAAAGUAGUGGUGCUAUGGAUGCUGCCUGUAAAAACAAUUAUCCUUUCAUUUGCAAACGAAAUGUCAAGGUGACAUGCUCUCGACCAGAUAUCUUAGGUAUACAUAAUAUAAUUGAGAACACAACUGAACCAUUCGCACGACAGGUUAUUUGCAGUUCUAAUCACAAAUUCAAUUUGGAGUGCUCAAACGAUCUAGUUUGGACUGUUGUUGGCUACCCAAACAUGGACGUUUCACAACUUUGCUUGCAGUGCAAGGAAGGCUUGAAGAAAGAUUCAUCUGGAAACUGUGUGGAUAUCGACGAAUGUGAAACAACAAAUCCAUGCAAGUACAGAUGCAUUAAUACAGCAGGCUCUUACAAAUGUGUAUGUCCAGACAAUGACAAUGACUCAGAUGCUUGUAAUGAAUCAAUGGUGUCCACCACGGAUCCCAAAAAUUCAAAUGCUGACGAGGGCAAAUCUGAACCUACGAUUCUGCCUGAUUAUACCAGUACACACAAGACUAUCGGGCAUACUGAAGAAAACACUGGAUCCACUUCAUAUAUCAUAGUACCGGUGAUUAUAGCACUGCUGAUUUUCAUGGUGCUGUUGGUGAUCAUAGCUGCCGUCAUAAAAUGCUGUCUCAGGAGGCGCACUAUAAAACUGGCUCGGAGGAAGGCGGAGGCCGUAGCUCUGAACGGAUCGAGCUCCAUGGAGAAGGUGAAUGAAAAAGAGGAAACCUAAGUGAGAGAGACUGUGCAAAAGUAAAAGAUAAUUCAGUCCAACACAUGAAGACCACAGAGGGUGUGUUAUGGAAGAAUCUCCUCUCUAAUAACAUUUCUGUGUGAAGUCUUGACUCACAAGAGCACUGUGUAAUUACUUUCGCCUUUGACUGCUUUUCUCAUACUGUUAAAAUCAGGGUCUUUAUUCCAUUGUGGAUAUGAAAUUCAUUAGAAAAGUCAGCAUUGGUAAUUCAAGUUAAGAGAAUUUUUGGCAUUAGAGGUGCACAUUGUUUUUGUUUACUCAUUCAUAGUUGAUAUUUAAAUGUAUGUGGAGAUGUACAUGAACUGUAAAAAUUAAAUAUUUUGGUAAUACUUUCAUUGGAUUUUUGCUUUGGAAUUUUGUGGUGUUUUCUAAUUAUACAUGUCUGUUUUGUUUCACAACAUGAAUAUUUAAUAUCACAUGUGUCUUCUUUUAUAAUCCCAUCAGUUAUUAUAUAAAUAAAAACUGAUGUUAAAGCUUCUGUAUUUUCAAUACAAUGAAAAAUGUGAAACUACUACAUGGACAUCACUGCAACAGUGUCCUGAAAUGAAAGCCCAAGGGCUUCGGGAACAACAACAAAAAACAUCUGACUGCAGCUUGAACAAUGGAAGACAGGGGGGUGUUUGGGAAACCUGUUCAGAUGUUAUUAUAUUGCAGUUCCGUUUGGUACCACUAGUGGGACAGAAAUCACUUACAGCAGCUUUAU